AUGGAUACAAAAAACGAUAAACCUACAGAACAGGCUUAUACGGAGCUGCAAAGAGCCUAUGACUGGUUCAAUAAAGCCUUGUUUGAAGGGCAAUUGCCAGAAUGUCUGAUCACCUUGCAGCGCAAUAAGCGGACGAUGGGCUAUUUCAGCCCAGAGCGCUUUGUGACCCUAUCUGGCGCCAAAACAGAUGAAAUCGCCAUGAAUCCCGAGUACUUUGCUGUGCAUUCCAUAGAGGAGGUGCUAUCGACUCUGGUGCACGAACAAUGCCAUCUGUGGCAGGCCCAUUUUGGGCAAAAGAGCAGGGGAGGUUACCACAACAAGGAGUGGGGACUGAAAAUGAAGGCUAUAGGCCUGAUGCCGUCUAACACGGGCCAGCCUGGAGGCAAGGAAACUGGCGAUCAGAUGACACACUACAUUGUGCCCGGCCCCUUUCUCGCGGCCUGUCAAGACCUGCUCACUAAGGCGUUUAGGAUCAGUUGGUAUGACCGUUUUCCAGCGCGUGUUCAGCGCACGACCCCAAUGGUCUACUCUCCUGGCUCUGAUGAUCCUUUAGACGAAAAUACCAGUCAGUUGAGUGACGCACCAGCAAGCCAAAACCCCAUGCUGAUGGAAGUAAGACCCAAUAUCAACCAGACCCGCUUAAAAUACCGUUGCGAGGGCUGUGGCAACCAGGUUUGGGGUAAGCCAGCGUUGAAGAUCAUCUGUGGUGAUUGUCAACUGACUUUCUCGGUGUCUGGAUAA